AUGAGCAGAGAGAUCCCGGUAACAGUUCACCCCGAGUUCAAGCAGGGAAAACCCCGCAUUUUCACUCGAUCCUCGAGUUUGCCCAGUAGACCGAAACUGAAAUUGGUCGUGGAAACUGUUUCAAACCCGUGCGAGGCUUCUAAAGAAAGAUCUUCAAAGACAGCACACGAAAAUACACAAAACACCGAUGAUUCGUCGAAACAAAGGAAAAAUGGAAACAUCAAAAAUCAGCAAUACAAAUUGUGGAAAUAUAGUUUGCCUGAACAUUUUCAGCGAGUUCAAAAAUCGAGUGAAGAUGAGCCUUGUGAACAACAAAAUCACACCGAACGAAAAGAACAAAGAAGACAUUUUUUCAGAGAAAAUCCAUUUGUUGGAGAUUUGCAGAAGGCGUUUGAAGAUCAUUACUUGUCCCGAUCAAGUCUUCCUGUAAGACUGGGAAGAAGAAAUACGUAUAGUGCCAGAAGUUUACGAGAAACUUCGCCCUCCGCGCCAGAGAUUAGUAAAAUCUCUCUACCCAAGACGUCUUUCAGUAUUCCCAUUCAGGUUGAAGUCGAUGAGAAAGUAAAAGGUGGGGGUGAAAACGGAGAGGAGAUUCUAAAAGAAAAUAAAGUGAUCGAGGCAGAUGGCAAAAUAGAAGAUGCCCGCGGCUCAGAAAGCGUUCAAGUUGAAGAAAAAACUACCAAGGAAGCAGAGGUCGAUAUGAAGAAGGAUAAUUACACUAUACUCGACAUUGACAACGCUUGCGCCGUUAGUUUUGACAAAAAGGACUACUUCGAUAUGGCUACGAGCCAAGAAGCUUUGGGAAAAUCUUAUUUCAACGGCGGUGGAGAUGUUGGGGAGGAAAUCACCAAGACCAAUACUGAACAAUUUAAGGAAUACAUUAAAGAAUACACAGACAAAGGCGAAGAGUCUCAAAGUGAAGACUCAUUACCAUUGGAAUUUUCAGUUGAAAAUGAAAGCAAAAAUAAACUGUUAACAAUUCAAAGCAUUCUCACGAAAGCAGAAAAGCUUGAAAAGGAAGUACUUGCUUUUGAUGAAAGUAGCAAGAGUAAGGCGUACCUAGCUAUUGAAGAAAAACUUACGCGUCUUUUGAUCGAAUUGGAUGGCAUUGAAGCAAAUCGAGACGAAAACAUCCGCUUGACAAGAAAAAGGGCUGUGCAACAGUUGCAGAGAGCACUAACACAACUGGAAGAAAACAUUUCGUGCAGAGGCGUUCAAAACAACGAAGACAAAGAUUGGUCUCUAGGCAUGAACAGAUGCGAAAGUAUCUAG